AGUCAUCUCUCGUCGUUCGUUCGUGGCUGGUGUGGUGUUCUAUCACGUAGUUGUAACCCACUUUCUCGCUUUUUGCUGAUUAAAUGUGUUUUUGUGUUAUUGGUGGUUAUAUUGGAAGGAUUUACUUAGUUUUAUCGGAUCUACUCGAUCCUGCUGUAACUUUUUUAAAGUGAAAGGGAUCAACAUAACUUCCUGACAAUGUGAAACAGGAGGAGUCCCAAUAAAAAUACAGGUUUUGCUCAUUCGUCCCAUUAUUAGUCGACAUCGACACAAUACUGAAGGCGAAAUAGGCUGUUCGUAUGUGUUCCGUCAAUACUAGAAUUACUGGAUAUACUACUAAAAUACACUAUCGACUGGUCUGAUGUGCGGGUAAAUGUGCGAAUAGCAUCAAUCGAUUCGGUCGACAUUUGCUCAUUCUACGCGGAAUUCAAUCACGGAAAUCAACGGUGUUCUCUAAUUCAGCGUACAAAUCAAAUGCAAACUAGUGUAUUCGUAAAUGUAACAAUGCCAACAUGUUCCCUUCGCACCAUUCCAGUGAAGUGUUAAAAUGGCAGUGAAACAAGUUAAUUAUUCUGGUCGAGUUGGAGCAUAGAUUCUGCUGCUUUUGCUGUUGCUAUUGUUUGCAGUGUGAAAGUGGGGAACUCUAGCUAGCUAGUCGUCGUCGUCUUCGAUCAUCGUCAUAUAAACGGAAAAGUAGAAGAAAAAAAAACCUGAAAGAGGACAGUGCAAGGAGUGGUUGGUGAAUAACUCGGCAACAUGCUGGUAGUAUGCGCAUGGAGCGAGGGCGUAUGGCUGAAGAGUUGAGGCCCAUUCGGUCGAUGGAAACAUGUGAAGAGAGUAGUGUAUGCAUUUCGCCUACUACAUUCGGGAGAAACUCGCUGAAAGAAACGACUAAGCAAAAAAAAAUAUGUUGCUCACUUGAAGUGCUCUUGAGUAUACACCAAUGACAGUGUUCGCCGUCGUAGUCUUCGUCGUGCACGGAACGAGGAGUGUGGAUACGCAGUGAUUAAUUUUUCACACUAGAAGUAGAAGUUAGGAACGGUGAUGACAGUCGAACAGUGCUUCCAAAGUCAUAUUGAUUCCAAUUGUGCAUUUCUGUAGUACUUGCGAGGAAGAUAUUUUGUUCCGCUACAGUGUUGGUGUAAUCCAGAAAAUCAAAGCAAAUAAAAAGUGUGCCGGGUAUAUGGCCUGUUUUGUUUCCGGUUGUCUCUGUAAGAAAAAUUGGAAUCGAAAACAAAACGCGGGGAGCGGUCUUUCUGGAAGUUGACAUGCGAGGUUUAUCAAGUGUUGUGUGUAUGCAUGUUUACGUUUCUCAGAAAAGUUUCUAGUGUGUGCUCGUGCGUGACCACCUCGGAUUCGAUUUUCCGAAAGUGUAUGGCAAAUUGUUUACCAUUUAUAAAUAUGUGCUGACAUUGGAAGAUUUUUUUUUGUCAAACAAAUGCGAAAAUACACGCAGAAUUAGAUGAUAGCAACGCAAUAAAAGUGCAACGGGAAGACGGCAGUGCUUAAAAAAUCAUGAGUGUGUUCAGUGAUUUCCAGAGAAUGUGGGUUCAACGGUUCCCGCAGAGUUCACUCUCGGACGCCUGGGAGCAAGAUGUCCGUGCCAGUUUGGCGAGACACAAGAUAAAAAUUGCCGAACUUACCAAAGAGCUAGAACAGGAAACACUGUACGUGGAAUAUUUGGAACGGCUGCUCAGCGACGUAGAAAAAUACCGGGAUGCUGGCGGAGAUCCUUCGGCUCUGUUCGAAGCGAAUACGCCAGCUUCGGCCGCCAAUUUACUGGCCAGCAGCAAGGAGGAAAACGAGGAGAAGGUGGAUGAUGCUCCCGAGAACCAAAUCAUCAAAGCAGCCAACAACCAAGCGGCAGACAAAAGCCCCAAUGGUGGCGCUACGGUCGAUGAUGAUGGUCCUGGCGAGAAGGACACAUCCACCACCGGUCCGAUUGCUUUGCGCAGGGACAAUCACCACAAAGACAGUGCACUGAACCAGUGCAUCAAUGAGCUGACGUCGAACCUGCACCAGCGACGCUGCGUCAGCAGUGACAUCUCAUCCCCCACCAAAUCGUCGUCAAUGUCAUCCUGUUCCUCGCCUUCAUCGACGAUGAUAUCCUCAAUCAACAAGACUGGACUGCCAUCUAGUGCCAACGCAAACGAACAACAGGAAGGCGCAUUUGAAAGUGAGCAAACGCGCCCAAGACGAUCGAGUCACAGUGACGCCCUGCUCUCAUCGCCCAGCCAUUUCGUGACAGUAAUCGAGGUCAAAGAACCUUCCGAGAGCAGUAAGCAGGACGAGUCGAACCGAAACUCCACCUCAGCAGCUUCCGCCGUUCCAGCGGCAUCCAACAAAACUACCAGCGACAAUAGCUAUAACAAUCCAACAACAAUCAUUCAAUCAACCGUUUCAGCCUCCGGCAAGCCCAACAACUAUGAAAACGUAUUGAUCAAUACUAACCGUGGAAGCUGUGAAAAUCUUAACAACAACAACAACAACAUGCAUUCCCACGGCCAGCUGCUGCAGUAUAAGAACUCUAACGCCGCUCCAAGUGAGCACAGUACAUUCCUAGACAGCAGCAAGCAGUUUCCAAAGCCUUCGGCGCCCACGCUGGUGGGUUCCUCGAUUGCCGAGAGAACGUCCCAGCUCAUCUCGCCAAGCGGUCAGGAGCUGAAGAAAAAGGUUCCACCACGACCACCACCCAAAUAUCCACGCCGUGCGGCACCGGUGGAACCACCUGUCAUACCUGCUGCGGCGAUGCAUAACUUGCGCCGUGACCAGUCCUCCGACGGUACCCCAGACAGUCCAGGCAGUUCACUGGAGCGGAACCUUAAGCCGUCGGAAAUUUACCGGCAAAAAUCAUCGGACUCGUUGGACGUCAAACUGUCGUGCCGGUCUUCCAAGGUGAACGAGCUGGUCGACGAUUUCAGCAGAAAACUGCCAAAAUCGGAUAGUCUAAAGUCGAAGUCUAGUACUGAUAGUCCUACAGGGUCGCUGGGAAAGAACGUUGGUGCUUCACCCACGGGCAGCUUGGGCAAACUGCCCCAAACCAGUAGCGAUAGUCCCACUGGAAGUUUGGACAAAGGCAACCACCGUACGAACGAUAGUCUCCAGUCGGUUGGGUCCAGAGAAUCGUUGGCUUCGACCGGCGGUGGAAUGGCAGCCAUCUCGGAAAGAAUAAAAAGUUACGAGUCUAUCUCAUCUCUUAGCUCAGAUAGCAUGCGAUUAGGAGGUGCAGUACCGGCUGAACAGGAACACUACUACGAUACGGUCCCGUUGGACAACGGAGAAGGGGACUACGUCUAUAUUCAAGCCAGUGGCACUGGCUCCACUUCUAGUCGGGACGAUAUCUCAACGGCCGGUAGCACCCUACCUUUGCCGGCUUCUCAUCCUCGGAGUCACAACAGUAGCCAGACGAGUGUACAGCUAGAACCAGAAUCUCCGGGACGAAGUUCCAAUUACGUUAAUAUCGACUAUUUUAUACAUAGUCAAAAUCUAGAGAACAGAAGCAGCUCAAUCGACAGCGACGGUGAAGCGGACGGAGGUCCACCAGUGCUAUUGCGUGCAAUCUCUAACGAAACCAAUUCUGGUCAACCGGGACAUGGGAUUUUACGAAAGAUUUCUAAUGCUAACCGCAACACAAUCAUCCGACACAUCGUGGCUAGUAUCAUCACCAGCGAAACGCUCUAUGUCGAGUGUCUGAACAAAAUGAAACAAUACAUGAAAGCGAUACGAGCCACUUUGACUACGUCGCAACCUGUGAUAUCUGAAGAGGAGUUUCAGACGAUAUUUUUUAAGAUCGAAGACCUGCACGAAGUGCAUUCCGAAUUUUUGAACGAGCUGCGGGCGAAACAGCAACCGAUACCUGAGGGCGAAGAGCUGUGCGUCGGGGAGGUGUUCCGUCGGCUGGCCGCUCACAUUCACCUGUACGGGGCGUUUUUGCACAAUUACGGUCGUGCCAUUGACACGGUGAAAAAAUGCAGCACCCACAGUCAACAGUUCAAGGAGAUCGUAUCCAACAUAGUAUUCAAGAACCAAAACGAACAAUCUUUGUCACUUGAGGAGUUGCUCCACAAACCAGUGGCUCGGGUGCAGAAGAAUGCCCUCGUGCUAGAGGAUCUGUUAACUCAGACACCCGAGCAUCAUCAAGAUUACCAUGCGUUACGGCAGGCGACAAAGACAAUUCGGAACUUCCUGUCCGAGUUUAACGUGGUACAGACUAAAUCGAUGUUUCCGAGUGACGAUAAAGCCCUGCGAAGGCUAGUGAAAAACUCAUUUAUUGUGGAACUUGCGGACGGUCAUCGGAAGCUACGGCAUCUGUUUCUAUUCAAUGAUGUUAUUGCGUGUGCGAAAUACAAAGCCGCUGGACGGGACCGUAAUGGAUUCGAGUUCGAGCUGAAGUGGUUCAUUCCGUUGCGGGACAUUGUCAUUUGCGAGGAAUCCGCCAACGACCCGAAGGAAACUAGUCCCAUCAAUAUUGUGCACCUCAAGUCGCAGGCUUGUACGGUGCGUGACCAGAUCAUGCUGGACGAGAAAGACGAAAAGAAGCAACGAUCCGGCGGAUCUCGGGUGGGAGACAAACACAGGAAAAAGCUUGCCGAUCUGGAAGCUCAGCUGGUACUGGCUUCGCCGAAUCUAGUGUUUAAGAUUGGCAAUAAGGCAACCGGGAAAACGAUGACAUUUUUCCUCAGCUCAGAUUUCGAACGAACGCAGUGGAUAGAGUCCAUUCUGACCUUACAGCAAUCAUGUAAUCUUCCCGGACAAGUUCCAGUUCAAAUUUACGAUUUACAAGCAUGGAUAACGGCCUGCCAGGCACUCAUAAAAACCGAGAUGGGGUCUUAUUUGAUGCGUAAUGCACGGGAUGAAAGCUUGCUAGUGGGUGAUUUGCAUCUCACUAUCCAGGGACUCCAGGGUUUCGAACAACCGUGCGAUCUAUUUAUUUGUGUGGAAAUAGACUCUUACGGACAUUACUUCCGCAAGGCAAAAACAAAAUUAGUUUGUCGCAGUGCAUCACCCAACUGGAACGAAUCAUUCGUGUUGGAACUCGAGGGCAGUCAAAAUCUUCGCAUUCUGCUGUACCAGGACGAGGUGCAGAGGCCUAUUUUGAGGGCAAAGCAAAUUCUAAAGCUAAGUCGCCAAUGGCUGCAAGAAGCACCCAUCACCAAAGUACUGAAACUGUCGGAAACCUUAACACUGAACACCAUGAUUCGCUUCGUACCGGGCGAAGUGACGCUGCGAAGGGUACCAACUUCCAAACCUGGAGCUCUUUUCGGUGCUAAAUUACAACAAGUCAUCAAGCGCGAAAAACGUGACAUUCCAUUCAUCGUGAGCGCGUGCGUUCGUGAGGUCGAGCGACGCGGUAUGUCCGAGGUGGGAAUCUACCGAGUGUCAGGAUCCGCAUCCGAUGUUGCGAAGUUGAAGAAAUCAUUCGAAACAAACGCAUAUGAAGCCGAACAGCUUUUAAAGGAGGUAGAUAUUCACUCCGUGACUGGCAUUUUAAAAUCUUACCUAAGAGACCUGCCGGAAGCUCUCUUCACCGAUCAGUAUUAUCCUAAGUUUUUCGAAACAUUCAACCGACACUCUAAUCUGAAUGAGGCCUCUCGUAUCGAAGCAUUACACAAGAUUUUCGCCGAGCUGCCGCAGUCGAAUAAAGCUACCAUCAAUUUACUACUGGACCACCUGAUGAGAGUACAUCAGCAGGAAAUUGAAAACAAAAUGUCCCUUCAUAAUCUGGCGAUGGUUUUCGGUCCUACACUGCUGCGACCCGGGCCAUCAGCCAUAAAGCAGAAAGAUCUCUUGGAAUCCAGUACCGCCGACGUGAUGACACAAGCCGGAAUCCUCUACAGUUUCCUACAGGCCCGACUGAAGUAGCGCAACGUUAGAUUCAAAGUUUCCGUAGAACUGCAUUAGUGUAACAACAGUAUUCGUAACCAGUACGAAGUAUAAGAGACAUACUACAAGGCGUACAGGAAGAGAAAAUCAUCGGGACUCAAACAAACCAUAACUUCAAUAAGGAUCAAGUUUUAGCAAAUUUUGACUUGUGUUUGUCGCAUGCUGAUCUUUAUUGAAUUCGAUCAAUAACUUUACUCUAUUCAGUGGCAACUUUCUGUAAAGUGACCAAAGCAGAUUUGUUUUUUCUUUUAAUCUAAAUUCAGGAUAGUCGUCCUCCUUCACGAAAACUUCCGUUGGUUUUCGGAGUGUUUGUUUGAGCGCGCUUUACAAACUUAAGACGCUGUUUAUUUCUAAAAUAAACCCCGUUUGAUCGCAACCAAAAUUAGUCAUUUUCAGUUUUGUUUUUCCGUAUGGGAUGUAUUUAGUUUAUUUGUGUAAAUUUGCUUUCUGUGUAUAUAUUCUUGACUUAUAAUUAGUGUUAGAGAACGAACGAUAAAAGUCACGGUUCUGGUAGUUAUGAGGCGACGUUAUUUGGUCGUUUGAAAUAUAUGUUAUAUGAUACUUUUCGGUAGCUUUCGAGAUAAACUAUAUGCGUGGAAAAUGCGUACGCAUUAUUACAUUGUUACGAGCAUAAUAUAUUAAACAAACGUAUUCAUUAUGGCAAUUAACUAUAUAAAUUCAGUUAUUAGAAGCAACUUUGUGCGUUAUAGUCAGGACCGUAAAGCAACUCUCUACUAUAAGCAAUGGAUAUACAAUCAAAUAUAUUCUAUGGGAAACCGCCAAAACAACCAAUCAAGUACACCCACAAACAUUCACACAUUCGCAGCUUAUCACAUACACAUAUUUAGCGAUACCGAAUGGAUAUGUUAACAAACAUUAAAACCAUCUUUCUCAAGCAAAACAAGAUGUAUCGGUAUUUAUUAAGCAUGAAAUGAAACCUAUCGGACUGUCGUCGCUUGAGAUAAGCGCAGUAAAUUGCUGAAUUUAUCUAGUAGGAUUUUCUCCUUAAAUUACAAUUAUGAAAACAAUAAAAACAAUCUUUCGUAUUGUGAAUUAUAAA